AGCAACCUCCACGUGGUGAGACCUGGACACCCGAUAUUAUUUGAAGUAUGUAAUUGCUAAUUGCAUCUCCAGUAAUGGUCAGAUGAUAUUAUCAAUUGCAUACAAACUAAUAUCAGCUAAUGGCUGUAAGAUUUCUCGUUUAUAAAUAAAUGAAAAUAUGAAGACUUAGAAUCAGAAUUAACGCAUAUUACUGUAAUUAUUAUCAUAAAAGUCUAAAAUAUAUAAAACAUAAUGAACAGUUUGUCAUAUAAAAAUCCUAUACGUUUCUAUUCUUAAAUAUAUUUUUAUUUUGAAUCAUAUUUAUAUUAUUCAGAAUCUAAACCAGGAAGAGUGUAGACGCAGUUCAAAAGAUUUUCGUCGUUUCAAAAAAUAUAAUUUUUGAAAUGACAGAAAUCAUUCAAACUGUGUCUGCUCUUUCUCUGAUAUACUUUCUUUAAAGUCAUUUAAAUGCAAUGAAGGACUAGAGCCACCUACCAUUCUCUGAAGAACUACAUAUAAAUGUCAAUUCAAGGUUUACAUCUGAGCUUUGAUCUCCUGCUUAUUUUCUAUUGGAUCCAGGUAAAAGUGCUCUGUGGUUAAAACAUUUUAAAGGCCGCAAAUGAUACAGUUACAGAUAAAACAUACAUUUACCUUGACAUAAAUAUAUUUUGAAAUAUUCUUCAAGGAAUCAAUCUUAUGCAAAUAUACUUUCCUUUUGUAACAAAACAGAAUUUUUUCAUCUUGGAUAAUGAGAAUGUUUGCCUACAAAAAAUAUAUAUAUUAUUUGAAAUCAACUGGAAUAUGUAUUGUUGUGAUGGGAGGUUGUUGGUUUAUGUACCAGUUACGACAAACAUCAAAAAUUUUACGUUCUGGAAUACCUCCUAACGUCUUGAAUUUAGAACAAUCCCAUGCACAAUAUAUUUAUAUUGAUAAUCCCAGAUAUAAAGAUGUAUUCAUGUUCAGAACAAAUAAUUUACAAUCAUCUAUAGUAGAGCAAUCGUCUUCUUUCAGUCAUACUAUAAUGAAAUGGUGGAAAUCAGUAAAUCGUCAUGUGGCAUACAAAUUAUUAUAUAUGGCACAACAUGGUGAUAAAAUAGAACAUCUGAAAUCUAUCUACAUGCUAAAUUCCUUAAAAUAUUUAAAAGAUUGGCAUUAUAGGCACAUUGCUCAAAUGUUAGAUGCAAGAACAGCAGUGUCCUUAGCAAGAAUGCCAAAUGUUGAUUUAAGGUAUUUUUUAAGGCCACCAUAUCAUCACAUAGAGCAUAAAUUAUAUGAUGUAAUAGAAAAAAUACAUAUUUUGCUGCUCUAUUUGAAUAAAUUAUCUGAAAAUACACAUCCCUGUUUGAUCCAGUUUCUUAAUAAAAAAUUUAGAGAUUCGCAUCGUGAUGGUUUGAUAUUUGAUCACGAUCUAACAAGCAUAGGAUUGGCUACUGCUCCAGCCAUAAUAUGGGAUGAAGAUUUAUUGCAGAGUUGUGUUCAAACAUUAUGUCAUCAUUCUUCUCUUGAUCAGUAUAGUAAAGAUAUUGUAGAUGCUGGAGGUCUCCCAAUACUAAUGAUGAUAAAGAAAAUUUUUAAAGAUAAUAUAAACAUGUGUAUAUUACUUGCAAAAAUAAUUUCUAAUAUUUCGCUUCAUUCAGAGUAUUUACAAGAGAUAUUUCAAGCAGGAUGGAUUGGCACAUUAGUAGAGUGGUCUCUCAGUUCUGACAUAAGAUUAUCAGCACCUGCAAGUCGUGCAUUAGCAAAUUUAGAUAUGGACGAAAAUGAACGUAUUAGAUAUCCAAGGCGUAUUUAUCUUCUCCACCCUCUACAUAAAACUAAAACAAAUACAAAGUUAGACGUUGUUUUUCUACAUGGACUUCUUGGUGGUGUAUUUAUAACAUGGAGGCAGAGAGAUGAAGAUAUAUCUGGAAAUGGGGUUGUAGAUCCUUAUACAAUCGACAAUAAAAAUGAUAUUGUUUCGACCAUGAUAGGCGAGCAUCCACAGGAGUUUCUGAAAGAUUUAGCUUAUGACUUGAAGAAGCGUGAAUGGGAUAGAUUAGGACAUGAUUUUGAAAUAAUCUUAGAUGAUUGUCCUCAAAAUACUAAUCAAAUAGCAUGUGGACCAUAUUUUUGUAGCGGGAAUGAUACUUGUGUAAAGAAUAGGGAUCGCGAUAGAAAGCAUAGAACGCAGUGUUGGCCUAAAGAUUGGUUACCCGAAGAUGUACCAUCUAUUCGAGUUAUUGGAGUAAAUUAUGACACAAAUUUGUCAUUAUGGACUCCUUUGUGUCCAAUAGAAAGUAGAAUUACCACUCUAAGCGAAAGAAGUGAAGAAUAUAGCGGAAAACUAGUAACUGCAGGUAUUGGAAUGCGUCCAACAGUAUGGGUAUGUCACUCGAUGGGUGGUUUACUAGUAAAAAAAAUGCUUGUUGAUGAAUGGAAAAAUGGCGAUAAAAAUAAUAUAUGUAAAAAUACACGUAGCAUAAUAUUUUAUAGUACACCCCAUCGUGGUUCUCGGGUAGCAGUUUUAACGCAAACAACACAAAUGUUGGUGUGGCCAUCAAUGGAAGUGCAGGAACUUCGUGAAGAGUCACCCCAUUUAUUGAAGUUACACGAAGAAUUCCUGAAUAUGUUAAAGGAGUACCCCAUAGAAAUUGUUACUUUUAGUGAAACUAAACCUACGCUUCUAACUGCAUUAAAAGUUCCGUUUCAAUUCGUCACUUCUAAUUCAGCAGAUCCUAAAGUGGGCGAGUUCUAUGAAAUUGCGCAAGAUCACUUAUCAAUAUGUAAACCAGCUAACAGACAUUCCUUCCUAUAUCAAAAACUUGUGAGUGUACUGAGACGUCAUGUAACACCGCAUGAGGAAAAAAAUGUUUUUCCAAUUAUGGAAUGGCUAUCAUUGCCAGGUAAACUGUUUUGAUCAUGUACAUAUUUGUAUGUUUCUGUACAUACAUGGCUGUGAGCAUAUA